CAUCAAGCCAGGCCCGACACGACGAAUGUGACGGAAAAUAACAAAAACAUAAGGCCAAAGGGUUUCAAAGCGUUGCUUCACCCUCGACUCCUGCCGACCGUAAUCUAGCAUAUCUUUGCAGUAAAGUGCAUGCAAUCUACAAGCCUCCUUAGAUGUCAGACCUUGUCCAAGAAAAUAUCAACUCGUCCUUCACUCUCUGAACGACGUGUCCUGCUGGCGUAUUUCCUUUUUCUGCUUGUGCUGCUGGCGCUUUUCGUGCGAUCUGAUGUCGAACGGAAAACCUAAAACGCCAACCGCGGCAUUGAAUGAUCAAGCUGCUGAAGAAAGUGAGGGACCUUCUACAAAUUCAGAAAACGAGACAUUGACUGCGUUUGAUGUGCUGGGAAACGGGGCGACUAACAGUGAAAGUGACGGGCGGAACGACAGAUCUGCCGAAAGUAAAGCUUUGAAAACGGAACAAAAGUGGGAAGAACAUUUUAAAAAACUGGUGGCUUUCAAGAAACGGUUCGGACACUGCCUUGUCCCCAAUCGUUACAACGACGACUUUCAUCUUGGUAGUUGGGUUUCCACACAGCGCCGUUAUUAUAAGAUCUUAUUAUCUGGAACCAGUGCAUCUACGCCAAUGACUGCGGAAAGAGCUAAAAGGCUGACGCAGUUGGGAUUUUCUUGGGCAACAAAGGAUCCACGCCAUGUACCGUGGGACGAUCGGUACCAGGAACUCGUGGUUUUUGUCAGAGAAUACGGCCAUACACAGGUUCCCAUUGGUUGGCAAAAGAACACAAAGCUGGCAAACUGGGUUUCCACACAGAGACAAGAGUUCAAGCUGUUGCACAAAGGACGUUCCUCAAGAUUGACCCAAGAUCGCAUUGACAAACUGAAUGCAAUAGACUUUGUCUGGGAAGCUCAGCGAGGGGGUCCGCGCCGAGGUCCAAAGGCUUGUACGGUCGGGAAGGUAUCAGAAAAAGCAAAUCCGGUUCCGGGUGUGGGGCCACGUUCAAAUGCGUUAAUUAGUCUCUCUACAAAAUUAGAAGCAGAAUCGAGAGGGUGCACUACACAGACAAUGAAGUUGUGUGAUGUUGGGGUAGGUAUUCAACAGGUACCAUAUCUGGGUCGCGGUGAAUCCAGGCCGGCUCCAGCGCAGCCGGUAGUGCUCGGAACGUUGUCUGUUGCCCAGUUGUUGGAGCUGCAACAAGCGGUAGAAGUAGCACAAAGACCGUGGCAGGUUCUAGCACAUGGAGGAUUUCACCAAGGGCAGCUCCCACAACCGCUGCUGUCUUCGCAAACUGUCAGUGCGCAGUUUGGAUUCCAGCCAAUUCCGAAACCCUACGAGAGUCAACUCAUGCCUAAUGAACCACGGAAUUUGCAGCUACCUCGUACAUCCAGCAGCAACUUUCCGAUUUCUGCUUUGACGCAACUGCAUCAGUCAUCCAGCGGAAUGAGUUUACCACCUAACAUUGUCAACACGAGCCAGGUGGCGGACCAAGUUUUGAUUCAGAGACUUUUGCUCGAUCAGCAGCAGUCAGAGUACUCCUACCAUUCCGAUCAAUGAAACCGUGCAAACGCUGCUUCGGGACUUGCAAUCGCUGACGCGUUCGUCGGCGACGAAUGGUGCGCCAGGAAACUAGUGCCAAUCCAAUUCUUUGUGUAGUUCGCCAUUUUCUGGUCUUGCUCGAAAGAGGGAGUCUGUGUCACCAAAAAUCCUAUUCCAGCAUCAACUUUCAAUUACAGUUAACUGUAAGACCUUCCCGAAAAAGGAUACGGUCCGUGAAGGGGCCAGGUCCUCGUAGAGGUGACAUAAUACAACCUGACGAAGCAUUCUGUAGCCUC